AUGGAUUUAAAGCAGGACGUGAAGCUUGCUGAUGUAGACAAAUUCAAAUCAAAUGUCAAAAUGUGGAAGAACAAAUUCCUAACUGUUUAUCAAACAAAAGAUGUGACACCAUAUAUGCAUGCAUUCAGCUCACAUGUUCCAGAAUUUCUUUCUCUAUAUGGUAACAUUGAACUAUUUACUCAACAAG